UGAACAAAAAUAUCGACUUCUUUACGCGGUUAAAAAGUGUCGAAAAAGUUAAUAAAAUCACAAAGGGCAGAGGACGUUUACCAUGAAACUUUGCCUAACCGAAAUUCUGACAAUACUCCUGUUAUGUCUUGUCGAUUUGUUUUGUGUCGUCUCGAGCAACAACCGGCCAAAAUCAGUAGACAUUAUUGACAAUUUCAUCGGCUUGGCCGAGACAAACAACAAUGAAAUAGAAAAGCGAAAUUCAAUCGUUGACGGGGGAGUUUUCGUGCCGUAUAAAUCAACGACGAUUGUUUACAAAUCACGACUGGUUCCAGUAAAUUAUGGCUUUGUUAUCAAGAAAGAAACGUUAAAAGAUAACCCGGCUUUAUACAAACUGGGAGUUAAACUACUUGAUGAAAAAGUUGAACAGAAUUCAAAGAAGUUGCAUGAUGGAGUUAAGAUCGAAUCAGCUCCAGUUGCCUUUAAUCCUGAGAACGAGACGAAGUUGAAUGCCCAGCAAAAACUGGACGCGAAGUCGAAUUGUGUCAAAGGAUCGAAAGUCUUAAGGCUUUUGGCUAAACUAAGUCGAGAUAUAAACAAGAUCGAGGAAGCUAUCACUGCUCGGAAUGAAAGCAGUGUUGAAUCAGGUCAACUGAAAUUAGUUGGAAAAUCUCUUCAGACGAAGAAACUUCGUCCAGAACCAGAGACACAUGUGUCUGGCCACAAAGGAGCCUUUGAGAAUGACUUGAAUGUAAACAAGACAUUUCGGAAUAAUACUUCGAAGAGCUUGUCGAAAUAUUGGCAUUGCCGGAGGUCCCACACCAAGGCACAAUGUGCCAUGAUAUUCCUAAUGAAACAUGCCCACCGAGGGCGUCACGAUCGGAAGAAUUCGGCAAGACACGGAACCGUCGGCCGCGAGAAGCACUACAGGAAACAUCCAGUCAAAAAACAAGGCCAUGAAGAAAAGCAUCUAAACAAAGACAGCGAUGUUUUCACAAAACAUUCAAAUAAACAUGCAAGCCAUGUUGUCUUGCACAAAUAUAGGCACAGUCGCAAAUUCAGGCAUCACAAACACGCAAAACGUCCACACAACAUUCACAGACAACGGGGAAAACAUUUCAACAAGUCUGGGAUUAAGCAAGGGGAAAAACAUAUCAAAAAACGCAGGGACAAUAGAAUGCAAGGAAUAGGCAAGGGCUCGCGUUAUCACAGAAGACACACGGCCAGGCUCGCGAAGGACUUGGGCGAAAUGAAGCGUUUUGUACAUAGAAAGAAAGAACAAGUUCAUUCAAAGAAAUAUAGCAAUCACAUAAAGUAUAAUAAGUUUGAAGAGAAAAAGAUUGGUUAAAAGUCUCAGCUCUUCAUUUCAUAUUUGCACAAAUACGGCUGGCAUAUGUCGUAAAUGAGAGCCAUGCCAGCCAGUCUUUACGAUGGUAAAAGACGCGAAGUGCAUUAUCAGAACGAAAAAAACGUGCAAGUAUUUACCGAUU